AUUGUCAAAUUUUAUUUACAAAGGUCGAUCGUAUUGUGCGGGUGGGAAUUGCGGUGCGUGAUAUGCUUCGCGGAGAGGAACUCCGACAUUAUAAAUCAUAUGUUCAUUAGAGAUAGUGACGUGUGUUCGGUGGUGUCGCGCUGUAGCUUAUCAAUUGACUCAUAUCGCGCUGGGGCAGUACUUUCCCUUCCUCUGUCGUAAUUUGAUCGCACAGUUGACGUGUCCCCGGAAUACGAAGUGCAUGUUCUAGGUAGAGCUGUUCCCGGAAAAGUUGUGCCUUUUGUGUAAUAUCUGCCAAACUGGACCCAAUGUGUGGCUCGGAGAAUACCAGACGGGGGACGCGGGCGUUGAUUCUGGUUGGAGGCUUCGGGACGCGUCUCCGUCCUCUCACCCUUAGCUGCCCCAAACCACUCGUCGACUUUGCCAACAAGCCUAUUCUGCUGCACCAGAUCGAAGCCCUGGUCGAUGCAGGCGUCGUACAGGUUAUAUUGGCGGUGUCGUACCGCGCCGAGCAAAUGGAAGCGGAAUUGCAACUUCACGCCGAGCGUCUUGGGAUCGAACUGAUAUUUUCACACGAAAACGAACCACUCGGCACGGCCGGCCCCCUCGCCCUGGUCAAAGACAAGCUUCAGGCCAGUUCAGAGCCAUUCUACGUCCUCAAUUCCGACAUCAUUUGCGACUUCCCAUUCAAACAACUUGAAGCAUUCCACCGGAACCACGGUAAGGAAGGAACGAUUGUCGUCACAAAGGUGGAAGAACCGUCGAAGUAUGGAGUGGUGGUAUAUGAUGAAGCUGGCGCCAUCGAGAGUUUCGUCGAGAAGCCACAGGAAUUCAUUAGCAACAAGAUCAACGCCGGCAUGUACAUUUUCAAUCCUUCGAUACUGGAUAGGAUUCCUUUGAAGCCGACCUCAAUCGAAAAGGAGAUCUUCCCGGCAAUGGCCAGCGAUCACCAGUUGUACGCGAUGGAAUUGAGUGGAUUCUGGAUGGAUGUCGGUCAGCCAAAAGAUUUUCUCACAGGAAUGUGCCUAUAUCUUACCUCAUUACGGCAAUCACAUCCGGAAAAGCUCUACAAUGGUCCAGGUAUCGUGGGUAAUGUCCUAAUCGAUCCAACGGCUAAAAUUGGGGACGGCUGCAGAAUUGGGCCGAACGUAACGAUUGGUCCCAACGUGGUAAUUGAAGAUGGCGUCUGCAUAAAACGAUCUACAAUUUUAAAGGAAGCAACAAUUAAGUCACAUUCAUGGCUUGACUCCUGUAUAAUUGGCUGGCGCUCGACAAUUGGACGAUGGGUUCGUGUCGAAGGAAUAACCGUCCUCGGUGAGGACGUUAAUGUUCAAGAUGAACUUUAUGUUAACGGUGGUCAGGUGCUUCCACAUAAGAGUAUAUCACAAAGUGUCCCCGAUCCGCAGAUAAUUAUGUAGAGUCUAGAUUAUGGUCAGUUAUUUAUGUGGAAAUAAACAUUUUCACUGCUUUGUCGGAUGUGUGUAGAGUUCAUGAAAUGUGGGAAGCUGUUUAGUAUGCUUAAAGCGUGAACUGUCGCAACAGGACAUGCAUUUAGUUAGCUAUUUCAGAAAAUAUUGCAAAUACUGAGUUGCUGCGAACCGGACAAGAUCUUUUACAAUUUAUCUUUUGUACUUUGAAUACUAUAAGCUAACGCGUUGUACACGUUCAAACCUCACUGCUACCAUCGGAUCUGUGUUCCCUAAUUGAGCAUGCACUAAACAAAUUCUCAGUAGAUUAUGGAAACUCACCAUAUUGCCAACGAGCGGAUUGAAAUAUGUAUCUGUAAUUAUUUACGUAAUUUUAUAAUCGUUGAAUUUCACAAUUUAAUUUUCUAUUCUGUUUCGAAUUGUAAAAUAUUCGAAUUACAUAUUUCUAUAAAAAUAAUUACGAAUAAGUGCAAAGACUAAUUUUUAAAUAUUGGAAAAGAUUUGUUUUAAACAAAGAUAGGUUUCUAGAAUAAAUUUAAGACAAGCAAUUUUGUAUUGUUGACUCUAUUCCCAAUAGCAUCGAACAUGUGUUAUCGGACUGCAUAGCAUUUGGUAAUAAACGAAACGAGCAAAGUGGCGUUGUUUUUACAUAUUGCUAUCGCCCAUUCCGGAAACUUCGAAGAUACAUGCUACUAUGUAAGAGAGAAUUUAAUAAAGAAAAAAAUCAGAGGAAAUCGAAAUGUU